CGGUCUGAUCUGUGAAAGCGUCCGUUAUGACGUCACGCCAAUACGUUUACCUCAGACUUGUGCGUCUUUUUUUUUUUAAACGGACGCAGUUUUCUCGCAGGAAACGGUUUAGUUUCGCGGAUCGUUUUGGGUGGAGCGGGAGCACGUGGUUCGGGUGUGGAAACAGCCAGCGACUUUGAGAAAUUUCUCGAACUUUCCUCGCGGUUUCAUAAAGGGCGGGUGCCGCGGCGAGGCCGGGACAUAAACACACACAGGCGGACGGGACGACUACCUCUCCUUGCGACAUCACUCCGCUUGAGUCUUGGAGAGUAGCGACUUUAAAAAGCGAGCUCGAUGGUGAAGAUGGGGAAGGAUUAUUACAGUGUGCUGGGCAUACAGAAAGGCGCGUCUGAAGACGAGAUCAAGAAAGCUUAUCGCAAACAGGCGCUCAAGUACCACCCGGAUAAAAACAAGUCGCCCGGCGCCGAGGAGAAGUUCAAGGAGAUCGCGGAGGCUUACGACGUCUUGAGCGACCCGAAAAAGAAAGAUAUUUACGAUAAAUUCGGGGAAGAAGGACUGAAGGGAGGCGUCCCCGGCGGAGGCGGUAAUUUCUCCUACAGUUUCCAAGGUGAUCCUCAUGCGAUGUUCACAGAGUUUUUCGGGGGACGGAACCCUUUCGAACAGUUUUUCGGACGCAAUGGUGGCAUGGGCGAGGAUAUGGAAACCGACGACCCGUUUGCCAGCUUCGGCAUGGGUUUCCCCCGCUCCUUCAACACGGGCAGCCAUGGCGGGAGACCGGGGAAAAAACAGGACCCUCCGGUGACCCAUGACCUGAGGGUCAGUCUAGAUGAAGUGUUCACCGGCUGCACCAAGAAGAUGAAGAUCUCGCGCAAGCGCCUGAACCCCGACGGAAGAACGACGCGCAGCGAAGACAAGAUCCUCACGGUGGAGGUGAAGAAAGGCUGGAAGGAAGGAACCAAGAUCACUUUCCCCAGGGAGGGGGACGAGACGCCGACAAACAUCCCUGCAGACGUCGUGUUUGUGGUCAAAGAUAAACCCCAUCCCGUGUACAAACGAGACGGAUCAGACAUUAUUUAUCCCGCAAAAAUUACACUCCGAGAGGCACUUUGUGGUUGCACGGUCAACGUCCCAACGCUGGAUGGCCGCAAAAUUAAGUUAACUAAUCCGGACAUUGUUCGUCCCGGGAUGAAGCGCCACAUGACCGGGGAGGGUCUUCCUCUUCCGAAAUCCCCAGAUCGCCGCGGGGACUUGGUUGUCGAAUACGAGGUCCUGUUUCCCGAAAGGUUGAGUCAGAGUGCCAAAGACACUAUCGCGAGCGUGUUGCCGGCUUCUUGAGCUGCGUGUGUUACAGCGCCGCUGCUUCUUGGGGAUUUUGGGUUUCAUAGCAUUAAAGAUGAAUUUUGCUGCAAAACAAAACAUGCCGCCAUUGAGAGACCAUCUGAACCAAAACAUAGCUGGACUGGACUGAUGUAUGCAAGCUUCCAGCUGUGGUCUCUGGGCCAGUGUUUACAACGUCGUCUCGGUCAAAAGACGGACAGUCCAGGGUGUGGUGAUGUGUGGGGAUACAUAAGGGUUUUUUUUCUGAUACCUGAGGAAAGGCUUUCUGUGAAAGCGACCUGUAGUUGUUCUUCCGUUACAGUUUAAUGGAGACGUUUGGUAACAUCGUGAGAAGUCAUUCACAAUGUAGUAGUUGCCCGAAGAGAUCCCUGCUUGGAUCACCCCUCGUCUAAGUAUGUGAAUCAGCACAUGCAAAAAAUGACCUAGACAGCAAAUUUACAGGAAAUUUUCUUUUUAUAUAUAUAUCUAAAUGAUAUUGAACUCUCGGUUUUUCUCAAAUGAUGUUAUGAAUUGUUCUAACUUUUGUCUCUGAAAUUUAAUUUAUGUUGCAUCACAUUGUUGAUAUUAAACAGUAUGUGGGGCACCUA